UUAAAUCCCCCUUUUGUUCUGGGUUGACAGAUCUGGCACCCACACCUAAGGACUGUCACGGCACCCCCACCCGUCAUCCUCCUUAAAGGGGCUUUUGACACACCCUGUUAAAGUUGCAUCUCUAGCUAAGCUCCUGUUGUGUGUGUAGCAGUGUCUGUGGAAUGACUGUACUCAACCAAAGCCAGUCAGAAGAAAGAUUCCAUGCUGUCACUGAGUAAGUGGGCUUUCCCUCCUGAUGACAGCUGGGUUCCGUGAGUCACGCUGGGUCAUGUUAGGGGCGGGCUAAGGUGGGACAAGGCCAGCUUCUUCUGUGAUUUGUUUUUUUUCACAAAGUGGCCUUUGAUAGAGACAAAGGUGGCUGUCAGACAUUCUCCUGGGAUGCCCUCUCUGAUUAGCCAGAUACUGUAACUUCCUCUUCCUCUUCCACCCCCCUCUCUCAUCUUCCAGCUCGUGUGCAUAGCUUAUCAAGCUCCUCCCCUUUAUGCAAGUUUGCAAACUGAGCUUGCAGAGGUUUUUUUUUUUUUUUUCUGGUUUUCUUUGCUCUUCUUGACAAAUGGCAGUCGCAGAGCUGGAUUACGCAUGUGUGCUUCACUGUGGACUGUGUAACAGCACAUACAAAAGAGGAAAUGGAGUGCUAGACUGAGCGAGUCCGCUGCGACAAAGGUACAGCAGGAGGCCAUUAGUGCAGAGCCUUGCUUUGAUUGGAUAAGCUGCAGGAACUGGGAGACUGCCUCUGAAUUAUUGAUGUGCAUUGUGCAGACGCUGGACAAGGGAAAGAGACAGAUCAGGGAGCAAGAGAGGAAAAGAAAACAAGAGAGCAAGAGGGAGAGGAAGUAAGAAUGAAAGAAAGAGUGAGCACCGUAAGGGAUAUGUGCCGAGAGGGAGAGUGAUAAGGCUCUGACAGGACGCUUGGAAGCAGCAAAAGCUUUAAGAGAGUUGCCACUGGCCUCUGUGGGAGCAGGUGCAUUUGUGACAAAUGAAAUGAGAUGUGCAGGGACUUGGCUUGGUUCUGGCCCUGCUGUCGUCGUGGUGCGAGGAGCUGGGCCGACUCCUCUUGCUCCGUCACCAGAAGAACAGGCAGAACGAGCCUCAGGGAAAAGUCCCCAUCCAGCCUGGCAUGAACAGCAUGAAGCCCGGUCUCACACACAGUGAUGGAACCUUUCCCUAUGAUUCAGUCCCUUGGCAACAAAACACCAACCAGCCCCCUGGGUCCUUAUCUGUGGUUACAACAGUGUGGGGAGUUACAAACACGUCACAAAGUCAGGUGCUUUGCAACCCCAUGGCGAACAGCAAUAAUCACAUGAAUCCAGGGGGGACCCCCAUGGGGUCGGGCAUGCCCGGCAGCGCAGCGGGCCUCAGUUCACCCCAGUUUAAUGCUCAGCAGCAACAGUUCCCAAAUAAAGGAGGCACCAAUCAGUCCUACAUGCAGCAAGGGAUGUAUGGCAGGCCCAGCUACCCCGGGGGACCUGGGGGAUAUAGUGGAAGUUACUCUGGAGGGCCAAACCCCCCACCUGGAGGUAUGGGAAUGGCCACCCACACACGUCCUCCUGGUGACUUCACACCGCCAGCUGCCGCUGCAGCAGCAGCUGCUGUUGCUGCAGCUGCUGCCACGGCGACGGCCACAGCAACGGCAACAGUGGCAGCUCUCCAGGAAACACAGAAUAAAGAGAUGAACCAGUAUGGACAGAUGUGCCCAUCGUUUCAAAUGGGCCCUGCUCCAGCCUACAACAGCCAGUUCAUGAACCAGCCAGGCCCACGAGGCCCCCCUGGAGGAAUGAAUCCGGGCAGCAUGGGUUCAGGAAUGAACAACCCUAACAUGAGUGGGCCAGCGAUGGCUAUGAACCAGACUCGAACUCCAGGCAUGACUCCUUUUGGAGCUCACGGCCAAAGGAUGCCUCAGCAAGGGUAUCCUGGUGGGCCUCGACAGGGGAUGCCCAUGCAGGCAAUGAAGAGGCCGUAUCCUGGGGAGGGAAAUUACGGAGGUCAGCAGUAUGGGCCAAGCAGCCAGUUUCAGCCCCAACAGGGGCAGUAUCCCACGUCAAAUGCAUCAAGGCCGCUGCCCUCUCCAAAUUACCCCGGCCAGAGGAUGCCCGGGCAGCAGGGUCAAGGACAGUACCCACCUGGUAUGCCCAUGGCUCAGUACUACAAACAAGAGCCUUUCAGUUCUCAAAACACCAACUUCUCCGGAGGUGGUUACUCCUACGGCCAAGGCAGUGUGCCCCCCAGGCCUGGGAACUAUCCCCACUCUCCGGUCCCUGGAAACCCUACACCACCUAUGACCCCAGGAAGUAGUAUUCCUCCAUAUUUGUCGCCAAACCAGGAUGUGAAGCCGCCGUUUCCUCCCGACAUGAAGCCAAAUAUGACAGCGCUUCCGCCCCCUCCAAGUACUGCCAACGAGGAGCUACGCCUGACGUUCCCGGUUAGGGACGGAGUUGUGCUGGAACCUUUCCGCCUGGAGCACAACCUGGCCGUCAGUAACCAUGUUUUCCACUUGCGACCCUCCGUCCACCAGACCCUCAUGUGGAGGUCGGACCUUGAGCUGCAGUUCAAGUGUUACCACCACGAAGACAGACAAAUGAACACCAACUGGCCUGCAUCCGUGCAGGUUAGCGUCAAUGCCACGCCUCUUACCAUUGAGAGGGGGGACAAUAAAACCUCCCACAAGCCCCUGCACCUGAAGCACGUGUGCCAGCCUGGGAGGAACACCAUCCAGAUAACAGUCACUGCCUGCUGCUGUUCCCACCUGUUUGUGCUGCAGCUGGUCCACAGGCCGUCUGUGCGUUCCGUCCUCCAGGGUCUCCUAAAGAAGAGGCUUCUCCCUGCAGAACACUGCAUCACCAAAAUUAAAAGGAACUUCAGCAGCGUGGCGGCAUCAGCAGGCAGUGCCACUCUCAAUGGGGAGGAUGGUGUGGAGCAGACAGCCAUUAAAGUGUCGCUGAAAUGUCCAAUUACCUUCCGACGUAUCCAGCUGCCCGCUAGGGGGCACGACUGCAAACAUGUGCAGUGCUUUGAUCUGGAGUCGUACUUGCAACUCAACUGCGAGAGGGGAACAUGGAGGUGUCCUGUGUGCAAUAAAACCGCAUUAUUAGAAGGUCUGGAGGUGGACCAGUUCAUGUGGGGAAUCCUCAAUGCCAUCCAAAAUUCAGAGUUCGAGGAGGUCACUAUAGACCCCACAUGUAGCUGGCGACCGGUCCCCAUCAAGUCAGAACUGCACAUCAAGGAGGACCCUGACGGACCUCUGGCCAAGCGGUUUAAGACCAUGAGUCCGAGUCAGAUGACCAUGCCUAACGUGAUGGAGAUGAUUGCACAGUUAGGUCCAGGACCUGGCUCUGGUCCUGGGCCAGGUCCAAGUCCUUACCCCCCUCACCCAGGUCAACAUAGUAGCGGCAAUGGGGGAGAUUAUCCAGCAGCAGGCAACAGCUAUCACAGCCAGGGAAGUUUCGACUUUCCUCACGGAAACCCAUCUGGUGGUGGAGUCGGAGGAGGAGCGGGACCUCCUAUGAAUGACUUUAUCCAUGGCCCACAGCUCUCCCAUCCCCCUGAUGGACCUACUGGUCUGCUCUCCCAGGACAAGCCUCUUAACCAUGCCAUGAAUGACACAAUGUGCCAUUCAGAUCAGUCCCAUAGCUCCAUGCAGCAGAGCUUGCAUGCGUCUCCCCACCCCGGCAGCCAAACAGGCCCGCCGUUGCAUCACAGUGGCCAGUCAGGGCAGCUCCUGCAUCACAGCAACCAAUCAUCCCAGCCACCUCGCCAGUCGCAGCAGCCUCCACCACAGCCUCAGCAUCCCGGGCAGAACAGUCACCCCCACAGCGAUCUGAACUUUAACCCCUCCACAGAAGGGCAGAUGGCUCAGGGAGCGCAGGAUAUGCCUGAACCCUCCUUGGAUUUGCUUCCAGAGCUGGCCAAUCCAGAGGAGUUACUCUCAUAUCUGGACCCCCCUGACCUCCCGGCCAACAGCAACGAUGACCUUCUGUCCCUUUUCGAAAGCAACUAGCCCCACCCCCGUCACCUCCUCCACCCCUCGCUGGAGUCGUGGCAUGCUUGACUAUCCGUCCACAAAUACCUCUUGUCGACACUUCAAGCAGCGUCCUGUGUUCGUACUCGCACACACAAACUGUUCCUCAACAGAUGUGAUGCAGGGCAGAGUGAAAAUGUGGACUCAUCCCUGCACCAAACCCCCGAGCUCGCAAGAUUCCACACCAGUUCCUUCUGGCUCAGAAAUGCACCACUUAUAGCCAUGUUGUUGGGCACUUAAGUGAUAUUUUAUAAAUGUACAUAUAAAAUAUACACAUAUGUAUAUAUAAACGUAUAUUAUAAUUGUGACUUUUCAACUGAAAACUGUGCAGCUAUAACCAUAAAAUAUAUAUAUAUACAUAUAUAUAUAUAUAAAUCACAGAGGAAACAGGAGUCUUUGUGAGAUCGAGGAAAACAAAUUUUCUUUUUCAGAAUUUUUCUUAAAAAAGAUGCAUCAGAGGGAAACCAUUGAGUGUUUUAAUUUUUUAAACGUGUUCUUCCAAAUGUUUGCCCCAAUGUUUUGACCCCGCCCACACAUUAGCAUGUGUGACAGCUGAACAACUGGAACUUCAGCGCACAGAAUCGAGGACGCAACGUCGUCCGUGAGUGCAAGGCAAGCAAGUGUGCUUUGUGCAGCUUGCUGUGUGUGUGUGCGUGCGUGUGUGUGUGUUUACAUAUACACACGUGUAUCUGUUUACACUUCCUGUUUAAAAAUUCUGAAAUUUACGAAUCUUCCUAAUUGGUUUAAGCCUUAUUUUGAUCACAAGUGCAUGUGUGCCAACAGCUCCUGUAGUCUUUGUCCAGCUUAAAUGUGCUCUAUCGGUUCUUUUCUUUUUCUUUUGUUUUUGUCUUGAUAUUUAUUAUUCUUUUAAAAUAUCUUCCAUGUUAAAGUUUUUCAACGUAGUAACAUGUAGAUGCUUUCAGAUAGUCUGUCUCGAUGAUCCCUGUUGUUUAGCUGCAUUCCUCUCAAGUGGAAAAAAAAAAAAGAAUUGUACAUGAUCUAGCAGUGUUUCCAAAGCUGUUUUUUUUUCUUCCUUUUUUUGUAAAUACCCUUUGUGACUACAUUGUGACUGUAAAGUACUGUUUAUUCCUGGGAUUUUCAUGGUACUGUGUGUCUGUCAAGGACUGCACAUGCUCUCACACACAAAUGCACAUAGUCCCUGCAAAUCAGUCUGAUUCUGCAAGGAAUUAAUCCAGAUGCACUCUGACUGGCCUUGUACUGAGUCUCUAUGUAUUGUUUGGCAUUUGGAAGAAAAAAAAUGAAAUUUCCCUGCUUACGAGUCUUUUUAUUUAAAUGUUUUAUAUAAAUGUAUUUAAAAAACGGUCUGUUUUAAACAAGCUGCGUUUUAUUUUCUUUGUUUUUUUUUGCUCAACUAUUCAUUCAUCUUGAAGGUCGAGGUUAAAUGUGCUGUUUUAUUAGUAUUCAAGCACAUUCUCUCUAUUUAAAGUUGAAAUGUGCAAAAAAUGCUGAUUAUUAGGCUUUUCUUAUCCAUACUUUGGGAAAAUUUGUGCUUCUUCAUUGAAUUUUAUGUUAAGUUAUUUUUGUCCAGUGUUUUCUAACUGGUAUAAACUCACUUCAUACGGUUUUAUGCAGUAAAAAAUAAUAAUUUAAAGUGUUUAAUAUGUUGUCCAAUAAAAGCACCCCUCUUAUGUUUUUUUGUUUUGUUUACCCCUCUGUAAAAAUUGAUUUAAUUCAGUCUAGUAAGACUCGAAGUACUGACACGGCUGUAGAACUACAUGCUGAUUUUGUGUAUUUUGUCAAAGAUAAUGCACUGCCACACCAAGUGUUUGAGUUCCCUACAAGGCCUGCCGUCACAAGUGUUCACAGACAGUCAUUUUAGUAACUCUGUCUGUGUUUUUUUUUUACAUCAGACACUGGAAACAGAGUGGAGGAAAUUACAGGGAAGUCAGUUUCAUUUGGAAAAUCAAAUUUAGAGAAAAAAAGCAGAAGAUUUUGGAUUUUGGGGGAAUGUUUGUACAUAUUGUAAAUGACAAUAGAGACACAUUAACAGAAAUGUAUUCAUUUUCUCCAUUGGGAGUGUGCAUAGUGUAUUUAGAAUGGGGACAUUGAAUUGGGAAAAUGAGUAUGUGUUUGAUUGCGUCUGUGCAGACCUCUCUAACCAUGCCUGUUCAUUUAUGUAAGAUACUUUAUGUAUCCCUUUGCUUGGGGUUUGAACAAAGAAAAAAUGUUUUUUUUUCCCAUUUCUGUAAUAUUAAACCUCUGUGUAUUUCACUAUUACCUGUGUACUUUAUAAAGGUGCUACAAAAUUAUGGAAACUUUUGCAACAGAAUUGGGACUUGGAAAGCUUCAUGGAGCUCUCAAGGGUCGUUUCCAAAUUUGCAGUUUAUAAAAAAAAUGAUAAAAAUAAAAUAAAUGUCAGAUUUGUAGUUUUUGGGGGAUUUGGCUAAAAGUGUUUUGAAAGAAAAAUCUAAAAUGAUUGGCACAACUGGCGGUUGUUCAUUUGGUUUUGUACAUUCUAUGUACAAUCAUUUCAUAUUUUCAACUGGUCAAAAGAACAUUGUGAUUUUUAGUCUUGGAAAUCUGUAUGUAGUUAGAUGAUGUGACAUUCUAAUAUUUAUCUAAUAAAUAUGUAUUCAGAUGAAACAA